AUGGCUUCAUCUUCCAGAGAAGGUCCCCAGCUCGCUCAAGUUGCCCGGGCACUCAACGCCUUGGCAGUUCAACGACGCAAUACCAGAGCCAACAAUAUUGGCCUGUUGGAUCUUAUCAAAGGAAUCAAUGAUGAACACGAAGCCAGCUCACCAUCUGCGCCGUCACCCUCAAAGGCUUCCAGCAGUGAAGCGAGAGAAAGCAAUGAUCUUCGUGAGAUAGGAGUCAUCACUGUGAAGAGUCCUCGGACUCAAAUUGACGGACCCGCUCUCACCCCUCUUCUCCCACGUUUGACGAGUGAUCUUCCUCCAGUCGCCCGUCGUGACUUCACAUCGGUCCGCCUCCACCAAGACGUGGUGGGUGGCGGAAAAUUUGCCUUCGAACUUAUCGAGGCUGAUCCGUCCUCUCCCAUGAAUCUUUCAGGAGAUGAUCAGAAGAUUCGACAUCUCAAUGUGGUGAGCGAUGUGAUGGACUUUCAUGAGUUCAGAGCAAUUGCUCUAAAGAAGGGCAACUUAGUACAUAGCCGCAGCGACCUGUUGGCUAUCACAACAGUCUUACAGUCAGCGGAAAAGCUCUUUAAAAAAGGACACACCACCUGGUAUAUGAAACCAGGAACCCUACUUCGUUGUGACGUUGAUCACAAGGGAACAAUCGUCGCGUCUGCGACUUUCGUUUCGAUCCCUUACGUCCGAAGUGAUUCCGUCCACGAAUCUCCUGACAUCCCAGAUCGCAAAGGGGUCUGCGUGCCACGCAACCUAGAUGAAAUUCUUCAUCCCCACGACAGUUCGCUUGAGAGUGAGCUGUCCCAGGCGUGCAAGGGUCUUUGGGUUGGGGAGGCUUGGAUGAUUAUCGUCAACGAUACCGGGAUCCUUACUUAUGGCGGGAAGCCUUGCCAAGAUUCGCUGAUGAACAACAUCGAAAUCAAGAAAUUCGCGGCCAGCAGCCCUGAUCAGCGCAUGGUCCAGGUUACUAAACAGAACGGACUACAAUUCCAGAUCCCCGUCGCACAGUGCUCGUCUCUCUUCAUAAUGGAAGCGGCUAUACAAUACCAGCUGGAGGAGAUGAAGCCUCGAACUGAUCCGAAUGAUUGCGCGAUCGGUUCGGAGGAGUCCAAGGAUUUCAAUAUCUUGCGCAUGAACGGAGACCGACUGACAUCAGUAGUCUGGUCCUACCUGGUGCAUGCAGAGUCUCCUGCUCUUCAGGUGAAGCUGGAGCAAAAGCCACCAAGGUCCGAUGACAGCGAAUCAGAUCUUAUGGUAACUUACAACAACUACGGCAACCCACAGCCAGAGGGCCGUCGAGUUUCAGACCAUACCGUGGAGUGGGUUCGCCAACAAUCUCUAGGAAUGCAGAAUGAGCAUGCCUCGCAGAGUAUUGGAUCGUCUUUUGAAGAUGUCGAUUUCGCUCAGAUUGCUAGCAGCAUCUCGGAUGACCAAGACGAAGAUUCAGAGUUGGACUUUCUGGACCUAGAUGCAGCCUCUCCUCCCGUUUUCACCUGGGGCUCAACCGAUGAGAACAGGAACGACAUGAGAUUUAGCAUAGAAAUCCGAGUAUUUUUAGCUGAGACCUAUCUCAACGAGCUCUUCUCUCUCGGCGCACUCGGUCCUCAAGAGGAUGUCUUGGGUGCCGCCACCGGCAGCACCAGAUGCACUUUGAACAUGCUCAAACGAGAAGUAAACGAACUCAUGGAUCUGCUCUCAAAUGCCACCGGUCAGAAUGAGGGAAGAUUCCAAGAGCAGGCGCUGCUUCUCGACUAUCAUGACUUCUGCACGGCUGCGAUCCGCUUCCUCGAGGCGUUUAUUCCCAGCAACUGUUCCACUCCGGGUCUCCACAUGCUAUUCAAUGCUCUUUACAAAGGGUUCAAGGCCCCCGAAUUUUUGUUGAGGGCCCGAUCCCAUGCAAAGUAUAUUAUUCUAUACGAACCUGGAUCUGGCAACGCAUUAGGGUCCAGGACCCGGAGACAAUCCCUUUGCCAAGAUUGUCUCAAUAGGACGGUCUACAUGAAUCUGACAGACGCGUUCGCUCACCUGCGAAUGUGCCAUUACGCGGAACUCCCUCCUGAUGACAUGAUGGAUCGCCAUGUCACUGAGCUCGGUAUUGCUGCUGAGAAAGAUCUCAAUGAAUGGAACGCCCGGAUUGUCAAACAGGGCCGAGAUCUAGUGGUGAAACUCGCCCACGAGGCCGGCGAGAUUCAAUACGCCGCCAUCUAUGCUGACCUGGUUCAUAACCCACCUUGGGAGAAUCUCAUUGAUCUCCUCGACUCAUUCAUCAAGGCCGUGUCCUCGAUGUUUUCGCUCUCCUAUGCCCUCGACGGGACAUCCACAUUCUAUCACGUUACCGUCCAUGAGAAGGAAGAGGAUAAUCUAGACCUCGGCAUGCGUCCCUUUCGUCUAAUCGGCGCGAUGGACAAAUCCGGUGAUCAAGCCCUGAAGACACUCAAAAAAGUACAAAUCCCCCUGGCCGCUAAGAUAAACAAGGUCCAGUCUGAGGAUCUCGUCAAGCUGUUUGCUCCCGUUGGGGUUCACGAGUUGGCCACACAGAUGGUCUGCAACUUGGUGACUGCUCCAGUUCAUGUCAACCCCGAUGCUGUCGAGCCCUACCAGAUUGUCAAGGGGUGGCAGCAGCAGCUACUCACCAAAAUGCGCCUCUUCGCCCAUUCGAAGAACACGUCCAAUGCGCGUGCAACCUUUGCACAGGCGCGGGGAUUCCGACUCCAGAAGUACAUUCUUGAAGAAGCAGAGGACGAGCUGCAGGAUCUGCCGAAGACAAUCACAUCCAGCCCCCAAGAGGUCAAUGAGCGCCGCCUCAAGAUUGUCCUUGGUCCCCCCGGCGUCGCGGGCAAUGAGAACGUGCUCAUCUUCGAGACUACCUGGGGCUUAAUCUACGGCAUCUUCUUGUUUGGCAACGGUUUUUAUUUUCUGCGUGACACCCUGGGUGGGAUGUACCCUCUGGAGUAUACGGAGCAGUAUACGCCGCUCGCGACGACGCCGGCGAUCAUCAGCGGCUUCGAGUACGUUAGUGUGUUCUUGAUGGCCAUUGCUCUGCCAUGGUAUUACAUGAAGUGGUUUGGAACAGAUGAUGCGGAAAGCAUCUAG